CUAGCCUAGCCUAGCCUCGCUAGUGUUUAUUGUAUCAAAUUUCUCAGGUCAGAUGUAAACAAAAUGUCUUCCAGGAGGGCAGGAAGUUCGCGUACUCGGGGUCGCGAUCUUGCCCAUGAAGUCAAACAUUUUGGAGGGUUGACCAAGCAUCUGAAAAAGAUCAUCUUCGACUCAAAUCAUUGUCUGACAGAGCUGAAAACGUCAGGUCAUUUUGAUGAGGAAAUUAUGUCAACACUUGUGUUACCACCAGAAGCAGAUGAUGUUGUUGGAAAGGUAACAAAGAAUCCGCCAGCUCUUGUCAUCUUUGGUCAGACCUACACAAGUAAAGCAACCCUUAUCAAUAAGAUAUUUAGGGAAGAUCUCUUUCAAAUUGUGGAUGAUUCUGAUAAUAAGAAGACAUGGCGAGCUGUACAUCUGAAAUAUGGUUCCCAACGGAAUACCAGGUUGACUCUGACCAACAGCUUUGAGCUGCUGAAUGAAGAGUCAGGAUCUCCUGUAAUGAGAAAUUCUUGGACAGGUAUUCCUCGAUUAGAGAUGUUGGUGAAGGAGGAGCAUCAUAAAGAUACAUGUAUGCUAAGUGCAACCACAGAGGCAACACUAAAUCAUCCCCUUCUACAAUCCAAACUUCAAAUUCUUGUUACUCCACACAACUGUCCUGGAAUAGCAAUAUCACAGGCUUAUAACGUGUGCACUAAUAAUGUUCUCCCGGUGCUGUUGUACUGUUUCGACAAAGAUGAGCUAUCAGAGGACAACCUUCGUGAUUUGCAGGAACUUCAGAAUUGUGCAGGAACUCUUCCUAUAUUAUUUGUCGAUUGCAGAGAGCCCAGUGAACCAGUGGUGGCAAAUAGGGAAAGGCGUCUUGUAGAAGAUGCUAAUGAAGACUUUGAUGAGGAUUCUGCAUAUGAUACUGAUGAGAGGAUAGAGGUAGAACGGGAAAGACACUGUGGACUAGGUGCAAGAUUACGUCGAAGGUGUAGACCUACACCAAAUCAGAGACCUAGUAUAACAGAUCAGCUGUUCAGGGCAGGGUUUAUCAACAUUCCUGAGGAGAAUGGUAGAAUACGUGGUGUGCUUGAUGUGUUUACUAUUGUCAACCAGGUGGAGGAUCUAUUUAACUCUAUAGCUAUUGUGCAAUUCAUUCGUCGCUCCUUACAAUAUUACUUGAUCAGAUGCUGCACUGCCAUGCAUGAUCUUCACCAGCACUGCAUGAAUCUGUUCAUUACCACAGCUUUUGACAUGCAGAGAGACAUCCUUGUGACCCCAAAGCGAAUAGAAUAUGCAAGACAAAGAGAAAAUGAGCUCUUUGAUUCCCUGAAAGACCUUACAAACCAAAAGCAGGAGCAGCUUCGAAACUUGAUUCAGAGUACGGUUGCAGACAUGACAGAAGACUUACUUGAACAGGCUGGAAAUUACAGAUUUACAGAUCUUGAGGUUAGCCAUGAGGGUAAGAUCCAGAGUCAGAAGGACAUUAAGAGAUGUACAGAACAGAUCCAGGACCUGGUCUUGGCCCGUCUUAAUGCGUGUGUGGUAGAGAAACUUAUAGGAUCGGUAGAGCUACUGAGAGAGAGUUUCCUUGGCACUCUACAGAGAUGUCUAGAAAGCCUAGAGAAGAUAGAUGGUGAUCUAGAAACUUCUACUUCUGUAGCACUUAGACAGAUAUUGAAUGCAGCCUACCAAGUUGAAGUUAAUGUACGUACCAGCUCAUCAGUUGUUAGAAUCAUAUGGGAGCGUAUGAAAGAGUUCUUUCAGUCUAUCAAACCUUUCAAGACACCUACAAGGGUUGAUACAGAAUGGAAGAGGAAGGUUGCACAGACUAUGAUUAACAAUCUUGAUGAAUCCAAGCUUGCUAAAAGCAUCUGCUCUCAGUUUCGAGCUCGACUCAACAACUCUCAUGAGUCUUUCUCAACAUCUCUUCGUCAACUUGAACAAAAACAUUCUGGUAGGUUAGAGAAAACUGAAGAACAGAGAAUGAAAGUAAGGAAGGUCUAUGCUCCUCGGUUAGCCCGUCUUGCUCUAGAGAGUACUUCCCUCAGGGAUAUGGUGCUCUAUGGAAUGCCAAAACUUGAGCGAGAGAUUGGGCGUGGUCAAUAUGGGGUGGUAUACUCGUGUCGUUCUUGGGGUGGUGUGACCCACUGUGCUGUCAAAUCUGUUGUACCUCCAGAUGAUAAACAUUGGAAUGACUUGGCCAUGGAGUUCCACUACACAAGAUCCAUUGCUGAACAUGAUCGUAUCGUGGCAUUGAUUGGUUCUGUGAUUGAUCAUGGAUACGGUGGAAUGGGCUGUUCUCCAGCAGUAUUACUUCUGAUGGAGCGAAUGCAGCGAGAUCUUCAUACUGCUAUCAAGGCAAAUAUGGAACUACCUGAGAGAUUACAAGUAGCUUUAGAUGUUGCUGAGGGUGUACGGUAUCUUCAUAGUCUUGGUCUGGUUCAUAGGGAUAUCAAGCUCAAGAAUGUAUUGUUGGACAAGCAUGAUAGAGGAAAGAUCACAGAUCUUGGAUUCUGCAAGCCUGAAGCAAUGAUGAGUGGUAGUAUCGUUGGAACACCCAUUCACAUGGCUCCAGAACUCUUUUCUGGCAAAUAUGACAACAGUGUAGAUACAUAUGCAUUUGGUAUCUUACUGUGGUAUGUGUGUGCAGGUCACGUCAAGCUUCCUCAGGCAUUUGAACAGUGUGCCAAUAAAGAUCAUCUAUGGACAUCUGUCAAAAAAGGUGUGAGACCAGAGAGGCUGCGCCCUCAGUUUGAUGAUGCUAGCUGGAAUCUAAUGAAAUCAUGUUGGGCAGGAGAACCAUGUGAGAGACCUCUACUAGGAGAGGUACAGUCUAAACUACAAGAUAUUUAUACCAAAGCAAAGGUUAAGAGAGACGCUGAGGGGGGAGGACCAACACAGCAGAAUCAUACAUGUAGGUCUGAUACACUCUAGAAAAAAGGGCGUAGAAGAGAUGCUGAGGGGGAAGGUCUUGUUCACUCUUGAAAGAAAGGCUAAGAAGAGAUGCUGAGGGGGAAGGUCUUGUUCACUCUUGAAAGAAAGGCUAAGAAGAGAUGCUGAGGGGGAAGGUCUUGUUCACUCUUGAAAGAAAGGCUAAGAAGAGACGCUGAGGGGGAAGGUCUUGUUCACUCUUGAAAAAAAGGCUAAGAAGAGAUGUUGAGGGAGGAAGACCAACACAGCAGAGUCAUAAGUCUGAUACACUCUUGAAAGAAAGGCUAUGGAGAGACAUUGUAUUUGGCUGUAAACCUAUUGCAUUGAACAGAAGAUUGUAACCGGGAUGAUCCUUGCUAUUGCCUAGUCUGCAGGCUUAGACCCUGAUUGAAACUCUUAUCAACAAGUGGUUCUUGAGACAAGACUAACAGAAGUAGAACUUGUUCCAAUUUCAAACACAAGUUCCUGUUAGGGCCUUUAGGUUGCAAAUUCAGACCACUUUCAUCUAGCAAAAGGGUUUGCUUAUCAAACCAGCUAUGUUUCUUUUUUGUGAAGUGCAUGAAGUAA